AUGUCUUCUCAACCGCCAGUCUGGUUCAUUACGGCAGCCUCGAGUGGCUUCGGCAAAUACAUAGCUCUUGAGGCUCUCUCUCGUGGCCACAAGGUCAUCGCAAGCGCGCGUAACACGUCGCGCCUCCACGAUUUACAAGAGAAGGGUGCAGUGACUGUUGCACUCGAUGUCACAGCUCUGCAAGCAGAGAUUGAAAAGAUCGCGCAAGAGGCUAAUGCGCGGUAUGGUUGUAUUAAUCACUUAGUCAAUGCGGCUGGCUAUAUCCUUGUCGGUGCAGUUGAGGAGACCUCACCUAAGGAGGACUUUGAUCAGUUCAAUACCAACGUAUUUGGCAUGCUGAAUGUCUCAAAGGCCUUCCUGCCUUACAUUCGCGCUACUUCCGGUCACCGCACUAUCGCGAACUUCGGCAGCAUCGGCUCCUGGCAUGGUGGUGCGGGCUUCGCGCUCUACGCUGGCACUAAGUGGGCAUGCAGUGGCAUCUCUGAGUCGAUGCGCAGUGAGCUUGCGCCGCUAGGAAUCUCUGUGACAGUUAUCGAGCCGGGAUACUUUCGCACUGGCUUCCUCAAUGCUGGUACGCAAAUUAAGAGUGAGAAACGAAUCAAAGUGUACGAUGAGACAGCUGUGGGCGAGGUCAGGGCGACACUGGAUAAGGUGAAUAACAAUCAGCCUGGUGACGUGAAGAAGGGUUCUAGGGUGAUAGUCGACAUCUUGACGAAGACUGGCGCCGCUGAAGGAAGAGAAGUUCCGAUGCGCGUGGCGCUGGGCUCAGAUUGUUCUCCUGGCAUCCGCGAGAAAAUUGAAGUGACCAUGAGGUUACUGGCUGAGUGGGAUGCGAUCACAACCAAGACUGACCACGAGUAA